AUGGCGGCGUGCGGCUCCGCGCACAAACCCAGCGGCGUCAACGCCCCCCUCUCCACCGCCGACCGCCCGCAUCUUUUUUGCGCCCGCCAGCGCCGCGCCCAGCGCCUGAGGGUGCAUGGGUCCCGCCACGACGGCCAUGAUGCGCAGCCAAUCGGCUUGGAUGGCAUUUUGGCCUUUGCCACUGCGCUCGCUGCCCCCCUGUCCCUGGCCGGCCCCGCUGCGGCCGAUUCCGUGGACGCGACGGUGGCCUCCGUGAUCGAGGCCGUGAAGGCGGGGGGGGAGGCGGUGAAGAAAGGGCUGGAGAUCGCGGGCACGGGGGCGGAUGUCGCCAGGGGCGGCUACGACGCCGCGGCGCCCGUUGUGGAGGGCGUGGUCAAGCAGGUGGCCCCCGCGGUGUCCUCCGGAGCGCGGGCGGUCGCCCCGGCGGUGGAGCAGGGCGUCAGGCAGGCGGAGGACCUGCUCUCCGCGAGCGGUGUGGACGUCGGGGUUAUCAAAUCUGGGACCGGCGCGGCGAUCGACGUCGCCGCGCCCGCCGUGGGCAAGGUGGCCGGGUUCUUAACCACCAGCAGCCCGCUGGUGCUUGCGGAGACCGCCGCGGCGUUGUACGCGGUGUACUUGCUGGGCCCAAGUCUGCUGCGCGCGAUUCUGAGGGCGCUGAAGGGGUACGCGGGGGAGGCGUCGGCGCCGGCGGUGCUGGACGCGCUGGGCGGCGAGGCGGACGCGGUGCUGAUCGACGUGCGGCCGCUGGCGGAGAAGGAGGCGGCGGGCGUGCCCGACCUGCCGGGCUCCCUGUCCAGGAAGGCGAUCGCCGUGGAGUUCGCGUACACGACCGACAGGCGCCUGCGGGGCCAGCUGAGGAGCCCGGGGCAGGUGGAAUGCGAGAUCACAGCCAUGCAAAUCGCGGCACUGAAAGGUGUAUCCAAGUCGACCAAUAUAUAUCUCAUGGACAAAACUGGUUCGACAGCACGGAAUGUGGCUAAGCUCCUGGAGAAGCGAGGCUUUAGGUCAUGUUACGUGAUGGAUGGUGGUUUCUAUGGCUGGACAUCCUCCAAGCUGCAGGUCAAGCGGCCCACGUCCGUGUACAGGCCCGAAGUUAUCCCGCCUGGCCUGGGAACGAUCUUGGGCACUGGAAAGAAGAAGGCAAUUGAAGCUGGAGAUCCACAGAAAGCGUUGCCUCCUGGAAAGAAGUAA